AUGCCUCGCCUCGCCCCUCCCGCGCACGCGCAGGCUCUGACGACGUCGCUCGAGCGCAAGGGCGUCCUCGCGAAGCUCAAAGCCGAGCUCCGCGCGCACGUGUUCGAGGCGGUUCGCUCGAAGGACGCGUCCGCGGACGACGACGCGAACGGACGUCGACAGAAGCAUCGUUCUCUGCCCAAGGCGAAGCUCCUGUCCGCGCUCGUGCUCGAGUACCUCGAGUGGAGCGGACUCUCGAGCUCGAGAAGCGUGUUCGCCGCGGAGUCGGGGGAGGAGGAGAACUACGAGGGGCGCGACGUCCUCGCCGCGAAGCUCGGGACGCGAGGGACAUCGAGCGAGCGACCGCUCCUCCUCGCCGUGCUAGAGAGUCACUUCGGGGUGGAAGAUCCCUUGGACGAGCUCCCAGCCCCCGGGGGCGCCGCGACGACGGGGCCGGGAGGAGGCGGCGUUCACGGCGGCGGCGCGCGGGCCCCGAGCAAGGUCGGGAAGCUCGCGCCGCUCGCGCCGUCCGUGAACCUCGGCGCGACGAUGGGCAAGCGCGGCGCCGCGGUGACACUUCCGCCCGCGUCGCCGUCGCCGAGGUCGUCCGGGGGUAACGUCCUCGUCUCGGACGACGAGUCGAUCGAGAUCGGCGAGGACCUGGACUACAGCGACCUCGGGCGCGACACCGGGAACCUCUCGCUCGACGGCGGCGGCGGGGAAAGUCCGUACGGCAGCGCGUACGGCGGCCUCGGGCGCGACACCGGCGUGUCGAUGGACGCCGGCGCGGGGGGCGCGUCGAUGUCGAUGGGGGGCGGGAACGGGAGCGUCGCGUUUCACGACGGACUGAGCGACCGGAGCGGCAGCAUCGACGGCGCGGACGACGGCAGCGUGGACCUCGUCGAGAGCGCGGUGCCGAGGAGCCCGACGCUGGGCGGGGGGGGGGUCUCGCCCAGGGGCGGCGGCGGACGCGGGAGGAGAUAG